AUCAGAUCUCCAUACUUUUUCCUCAACUUUUUGUAUCAAUAAAAGCAACUUUGCUCCUUUGAUCAUGGCUCAACCCCUGUACCACGAAAAGCCCCAUCAAUCCCUUUCCCUGGCUGAGCCCCAGAAUUGUGCAGUAGUACUCACCAGCCAUGAAAAUGCCCCAGAAUAGAUUGCCCAUUCUGCACAAUCUGGUACCCAAUAAUCCUGUUAGAAUCUCCAUCUUACUUACUAAAAUGAAGAAACCCAUGAUUCCAAAGCUCAUUUAUCUCAGGAAAUCAAGAAAGCUUAAGAGGUUUAAGCUUCUUAAGCCUUACAACUAUGGGUUCCUCGGAGAGUACCAGUUUGACUCUCCUUCAAGUACUCCUCUUAUUCAUUACUACAACAGAAAACAGCCCAAAAGAAGAAGCAUCCAAGAUAUUUACUCAAUGCUGUUUUCGUGUAAGUGUUUUGGUUGGCCGAAAGCUCAAGCAAGUGGAGAAGCAGAUUGCAGAUUGGUAUUGGAAGCUGUGCCAGCUCCCAUUGGAGGGGAACUAAUUUCAGAGGCAUUGGACAUAGAAGACGAUCAGGAAGAUUCAGUGGAUAAGAGGGCUGAGAAAUUCAUUGAAAGGUUCUAUGCAGAGAUGAGGCUGCAGAGGCAGGAAUCAUUUUUAAGAACCCAUGAACAUUGUUAAAUUAUUAUUGUAUUUGCUUUUUUAGUUUGUUCUCCACAUGGUUUUUUUCUCUUUUUGAAAUUGUGGAGUCGUAUUUUUCUUUGUUAUCAAUGCUAUGGUGU